UUUUAAUGUUGCAGAUCAUGAGUCGGUUCAGUGGUGUUAUGACAACUUCAUUAACUACAGGUCCCUGAUGUCUGCAGACAAUGUACGCCAACAGCUGUCACGAAUCAUGGAUAGAUUUAAUUUGCCUCGUAGAAGCACAGACUUUACCAGCCGAGACUAUUACAUCAACAUAAGAAAGGCAUUAGUUACUGGAUAUUUCAUGCAGGUGGCACACUUGGAACGAACAGGGCAUUACUUAACAGUAAAAGAUAACCAGGUGGUGCAGUUGCAUCCCUCUACUGUUCUUGAUCAUAAACCAGAAUGGGUGCUCUACAACGAGUUUGUCCUUACAACAAAGAAUUACAUCCGGACAUGUACAGACAUCAAGCCAGAAUGGCUGGUGAAAAUUGCCCCUCAGUAUUAUGACAUGAGCAAUUUUCCACAGUGCGAAGCAAAGAGACAGUUGGAUCGCAUCAUUGCCAAACUUCAGUCCAAGGAAUACUCACAGUACUGAAUUUAUGCUUUGAACUGAAGUUAUUCAGAGGACAGCUUUAAGAGAUGAAAGGAUUCAAAGUUCAAGUUGUGCUCUUCACUUUGGUUCAAUAAUGGCCUUUAUUUGAAAGCUUUUUAAUUUUUCUUUACAGUAAAUAUUUCAUUCUGAUUUCAUAAAUUAAACAUUUAUGCCUCCCUUUUGUGUUGACACUGUAGCUCAUACUGGAAAAGCUGAUCAAUGUUUUGCAGUUUAUUGAAAGUAGUUCUAUAUAUAACAAUGUUAUAAGCAUUUCUUUAGAAAUGGUUGAAAAUGCUUCUAAAAAUGUGAUUAUCGACCAUGGUAUGCAUGAUCGUUGUAAUUGUUGACAUUCCUUUUAGAAGUUGUGAAAUGUUACAACUUGUGCUUAUGUAGACACAAUCUUCGGCUUCAGUACAAAGGUACUGACUUCAAUAAAGUCUAUUUAUACUAA